GAGGAAGUGAAGUGACUCGCUAGAUACCGAACAAAUCUUGCCUACUCUCGUAAGAAGAUUUACAUUACAACGUACAAGGCAAGUCAGUUAAGAACACAUUCUUAUUUUCAAUGACGGCCUGGGAACAGUGGGUUAACUGAACAGUGUUCAGGGGCAGAACGACAGAUUUGUACCUUGUCAGCUCGGGGGUUUGAACUCACAACCUUCCGGCUACUAGUCCAACGCUCUAACCACUAGGCUACCCUGCCAUUGUGGCCUUAUGCUGGUGUUAUAAUGGACUUUCUGUGGUCCAUGGACACAUGUGAUGUGAAGAUGUACUACAUCAUCAUAGAGAAACCUGGAUUACCCACGUUGCUCAUCAAUGCUGGCCACAUCUGUUACAUCCAGGAGAGCAGGUACAUGUCAAGGCUUAGCAGAUCUGCAUGUCUGCAGGAAUUGCCUGUCAUCUGUAUGGGCUCCAAUUAUGACAGGCUCCUUAAGGUAAACCACCUAAAACCAGUGUCUACUAAGGAGGCAGAGCUGCUGCAAGCCCUAGGAGAGGACUCGGAGAGACUGAAGUGGUAUUUAGAGAGGGAUGCUUUGGCUACCGCCCUGGGUUUAACUAAGGAUACACCUGUCACUGUGGAGUUGGAUGGGAAGUGGCUGCAGGGAAUUGUACGGUACGUUGGAAGGUUGACAGAGCCAAAGUCCACAGACCCCAUCGUAGGAACCUUCUUUGGCAUCGAACUACAGGGAGAAGACAAAGGAAAGGGACCAUCAGAUGGGACAUAUCUGUCAAAAACCCUAUUCCCCUGCAAGAAAGACUGUGGGAUUUUUGCUCCAUUUUCCAAAGUGAAACCCAUGUUUUCCAAACCCAAAUUGGGGUCCAAGUGUCUGACCUUUCCAGCAGCCCAGCUGGCCACGCAACCGUCGUCCCAACAGGCCCACCAUCAGCCCCUCUCCACCGGAGACCGAGUCAGCUUCUUCAUGGACGAGGACAUCCUCCAUGGGAUGGUGAUGGAUCUGGAGGAGAAGGAGGGCAGGACCUUAGUCAUCAUCUCUACUGACCGGGAUGAGAAGAUCACCCUACCGCUGGACAGCGUCAUCAAAAGGGAACUGCUUCAACAGGAGCCUGAGCCUAUGGAGACUGAUAAGGCUGUUAUGUCUAUGGAGGAGGUUCACCCCUUGGGGCUUGGUGUUGACUCUCUAGUGGAGGUGUCUCUGGCUAUAGGACCUGGCUAUGGAACCAUCCGCUGGAUAGGCACUUUGCCUGGGCAGAAAGGAACCUACGCUGGACUGGAGCUGGAGGAUGGGUACACUGGGGUUAGUAAUGGUACCUUUAAAGACCAGCGGUUCUUCAGAUGUCUUCCUAGACAAGGUCUCUUCGUCAAGCUUCUAUCCUGCCGGCCUGACUCCCGCUUCCAGGGGGCAUCAGCCAAUGUCCUUCAAGAGAGACAGGCGUUGCGCAGCCCUGGGGCGCUCCCCUCCUCCCCCAUCGCCUCUGACCAGGUCGAGAGGAUGCUGAUUGGUCGAAUGAAGGGGAUCCAGGGCCAUAUAAACUCUUGCUACAUGGACUCGGCCCUCUUCAGUCUGUUCUCCUGUUCGUCAGUGUUGGACUCCCUGCUGUUUAAGUUAACAGAGCCUAGGGAUGCCCCCAUCCAGAGUACCCUGCUACAUGACAUCGUCAACCCGCUCCGCAGUGAAGGUUUUGUGGAAGGGAGACACAUUAUGAAGCUUCGUCAGCAGCUGCAGGAGCUUGGAUACUGCCACACAUUCACCACAGAGGAGAAAGAUCCAGAAGAGUUUCUUACCCUCAUUAUGCACCAUAUUUUCUGUCUGGAUCCUCUCCUCAAACUGUCAGCAGGGGGAAAGGUCCAGGACAGUUACUGUUAUCAAAUCUUCCUGGAUAACAACCACAGCCUGGUUCUGCCUACUGUCCAACACUUGCUGGAACACUCCUUCCACAGCGCAGGACUCAAACUGGCAGAGGUAGCGGUGCCGUCUUGUCUGAUCCUCCAGAUGCCUCGCUUUGGGAAGAAGUUCAAGAUGUUUCAGAAGAUUAUCCCUUCACUGGAGCUGGACAUUACUGACCUCCUCUCUGAAGGUCCCCAGCAGUGUGUGUUGUGUGGUCAGCUGGCAUACGAGGAGUGUGUGGACUGCUUCAGAGACCCAGUCUUCAGCAGGACGGGAUUUAAAGUGUUCUGCAGGACCUGCUCCUCUCAGGUGCACUCUCACCCCGAGCGGCUGUCCCAUAACCCCUCCCCCCUGCAGCUCCCUGAGGGUUACCCCGCCCCCACUACCCUCCGACCCCCGCCCCCUGCCCCACCGAGAGAGAGACUGGAGCUGUUUGCAGUGCUGUGCAUAGAGACCAGUCACUAUGUGUCCUUCAUAAAACAUGGACCAAACAGCACAGACUGGAUCUUCUUUGACAGCAUGGCUGACAGACAUGGAGAGAGGGAUGGCUUCAACAUUCCCCAGGUGGAGGCAUGUCCAGAGGUUGGCAUGUACCUGGCCAUGUCACCCGCAGAGCUGGCCAACCAGGUGCCUCGGGACAUGAAGGGCGUGGCUAAGCGUCUGUUCUGUGAUGCCUACAUGUACCUGUACCAGAGUACCAGCAUCAGCCUCUACCGCUGACAGAAGGCGGGACUACAUGGGUAAUUCCACACCUCAAAUUUGAGCGUUGUACAACUAUUGUACUACUUGUCUGUAAGCAGAAAUGGAUGGGACCUCUUCACUGCUUAUACUGUCCAAGUGGCUAAAUGUUAUAGUGCCUUACGAUAUAGUGUGUGUGUGUGUGUGUGUGAUAUGUGUUUGGACAAACCUACUCAUUCAAGGGUUUUUGUUUUUAUGUUCUACAUUGUAGAGUAAUAGUGAAGACAAUAAAAUAACACAUGGAAUCAUGUAGUAACCAAAAAAGUGUUAACAAUUCAAAAUAUAUUUUAGAUUCUUCAAAGUAGCCACCCUUUGCCUUGAUGAAGGCAUUCACCUGGAAUGCUUUUCCAACAGUCUUAAAGGAGUUCCCUGCUUUUCCUUCACUCUGCAGUCCAACUCAUCCCAAACCAUCUCAAUUGGUUUGAGGUCGGGUGAUUGCGGAGGCCAGGUCAUCUGAUGCAGCACUCGUCACUCUCCUUCUUGGUCAAAUAGCCCUUACACAGCCUGGAAGUGUGUUGGGUUAUUGUCCUGUUGAAAAACAAAUUAUAGUCCCACUAAGCGCAAACCAGAUGGGAUGGCGUAUCGCUGCAGAAUGCUGUGGUAGCCAUGCUGGUUAAGUGUGCCUUGAAUUCUAAAUAAAUCACAGACAGUAUCACCAGCAAAGCACCAUCACACCUCCUCCACGGUGGGAACCACACAUGUGGAGAUCAUCUGUUCACCUACUCUGCGUCUCACAAAGACACGGCGGUUGGAACCAAAAAUCUCAAAUUUGGACUCAUCAAACCAAAGGACAGAUUUCCACUGGUUUAAUGUUCAUUGCUUAUGUUUCUUGGCCUGAGAAAGUCUCUUCUUAUUAUUUGUGUCCUUUAGUAGUGAUUUCUUUGCAGUAAUUCGACCAUGAUGGCCUGAGUCACGUAGUCUCUUCUGAACAGUUGAUGUUGAGAUGUGUCUGUUACUUGAACUCUGUGAAGCAUUUAUUUGGACUGCAAUCUGAGGUGCUGUUAACUCUAAUGAACUUAUCCUCUGCAGCAGAGGUAACUGUGGGUCUUUCUUCCCUGUGGCGGUCCUCAUGAGAGCCAGUUUCAUCAUAGUGCUUGAUUGUUUUUGCGACUGCACUUGAAGAAACUUUCAAAGUUCUUGACAUUUUCCACAUUCACUGACCUUCAUGUCAUGAUGGACUGUCAUUUCUCUUUGCUUAUUUGAGCUGUUCCUGCCAUAAUAUGGACUUGGUCUUUUACCAAAUAGUAUUAUCUUCUGUAUACCACCCCUACCUUGUCACAACACAACUGACUGGCUCAAAUGCAUUAAGAGGUAAAGAAAUUCCACAAAUGAACUUUUAACAGCUGUUAAUUGAAAUGCAUUCCAGGUGGCUACCUCAUAAUGCUGGUUGAGAGAAUGCCAAGAGUGUGCAAAGCUGUCAUCAAGGCAAAGGGUGGCUACUUUGAAGAAUAUAAAACAUAUUUUGAUUUGUUAACACUUUUUUGGUUACUACAUGAUUCCAUAUGUGUUAUUUCAUUGUUUUGAUGUAUUCACUAUUAUUCUACAAUGUAGAACAUUGUAAAAAAUAAAGAAAAACCCUUGAAUGAGUAGGUGUGUCCAAACUUUUGACUGGUGAUAUAUAUAUAUAUAUAUAUGACUUCCAUAGGCCUUCUCAAAGCCAAAGAUAUGUUCACUUUAUGUAAAAAGUCUUGGUGUGAAUUAGUGCCCUUUCUCCUCUUGUAAAUGCAUGCAAAUAAUCAGAACAUAUAUAAUGAUUUGUACUUUCUGAUAAAGUGCCUUAUCAAAGUGAAGAAUUCCAACGUUUUUCAAAUAAAUGUGUACCUCACCCCUCUGUACUUAUACUGUGCAAUAUCAUGGGGAUCCAGGGUUAAUGGAUAGGACUACUGAUCAGAUAGGGAAAGGAGGGUUGCAGCUGGCCAGUUAGAUGACUUUUGACCUCUUUGUGUUUGUUUUUAUUUACACUGGGUGACUUGUUUUGGAUGUAGAACGUUAGACUUUAUGACUACUAUUCCAGGGGAGGUUAUGCUGUUUAUACAAUCAUUUGUAUAAUUGUAAAUGUAAUACUUGGAAGUUAGAUUCCUAUACAUUCCAUCUUAAUAUUUACCGCUGACUGUCUUUAAGAUCGGUUAGAUCCUUUUGUAGAACUUGACAAUGUGAUUAUUUGCACUUUACUGUCUCUAUUUGUUGUUUUACUAUAAUUUUUAGAACUAUGCUUUCGUAUUGGUAGCUAUGCAUAUCUUAAUUAUUUCCCUGAGGUUUUCUGAUUAUUGUAAUAUUUACAAAAAAGGCUAAAAGGAAUGAAUUUGAAUAUUUGCAUGUGUACGCUAUGAAAUGCUACAGUAUAUGCAAGUGUGUUAGUGCAAGUAUGUCCUUACUUGUAUGUUUGUAGGCCACUGUCCCUUUCACUAUCUAAAUGGGCACAGAAUGAUUCUCUCUCAUCCCUUUUCUCUUUUCCAUCUUUCACUUAGCAUCGGGCAGAAAAGGGAGCGCCUCAAAGCUGAAUAAAUCAACAGUGAUAACAUCUUCUCACCACUUCAUAUUCCUAAUGUGAUCAGAGGGAGAUGAGAGAGGGUCAGAGAGAGAAAUAGAAUCACUUAGAGGUAGGGGAAGAGGCUGGGGGGCGGGGGCAUUGCUUUUGGAAGGAUGUUGGAACACUUUUCUUUAGGAAGUGGGUUAACUAAGGAGAUCAUUUGAUCUGAUAAACAUUAACACUGGAGCAGCAUACUAUUUAGCCUCAAUCUAUAUGAAAUAAUAAACAUGUUUGUUAUA